UCAGAAGGUCUGUUGGGAUGGCUCGCAUGUCUGUGUUCAGGUUCUCAGCCCUGGCUCUGCUGCUCCUGUCUGCCUGCUGCUGGGCCGACAGCGAGGCAGAGGAGAACUCAGAGGAGCUGUCUGUCUCUGAGCUUCUGGAGAGAGCCAACAGUAAUCUGAUCCGCUCCGACGAUGGUCCCAUCCUGACUGAAGGAGACAUCGCUGUCAACAGCGAGGCAGAGAAAAACGCCGACCCCUGCACCAGCCGAGGCUGCAAGUGGGGCAAGUGGACUGACGGGAAGGUCUACAUUCCUUACUACAUCGCCAGUCACUUCUCCUCCCGUGAGAAGGCCAUCAUCACCCGUGGACUGGAGUCCUUCUCCUCCUUCUCCUGCAUCCGCUUCAGGCCCAGCAGAAGCAGCGAUCGUGACUGGCUGAGCAUCGAGUCCAAGGACGGCUGCUACUCUUUUGUCGGCCGUCGUGGUGGGAAGCAGGUGGUGUCUCUGGCCCGUCGUGGAUGCCUUUACCACGGCACCGUCCAGCAUGAGCUGCUGCACGCUCUGGGAUUCAACCACGAACAAACCCGCUCUGACAGGGACAACCACAUCAAAGUCCUGCUGCAGAACGUUCAGUCUGGAAAGGAGCACAACUUCAGGAAGAUCGCCACCCUGAACCAGGGCACUCCCUACGACUACAACUCUGUCAUGCAGUACCACAAGAAUGCCUUCUCUAAGAACAACAAGCCCACCAUGCUCCCCAUCCCUAACGCCAACGUGUCCUUUGGCAACGCCAAGGAGAUGAGCCGCAAUGACAUCGCCAGGCUCAACACACUCUACCAGUGCUAGGAAGCCUAUCCAGAUGUUCUGAUGGACAGAGCCGAGGGAAUAUUGUCGACAUCAUCAUCCAAUAAAGU